CGUGUUCCCUAGAAAAUCGAAUUGAUCUUAUCCUAUAGGUGCUUACAACUGAAUCUAUUAUGUAAUUACUUAAUAAGUUUACUGUUCUUAAUUAAUUAAUUAGUAAAACUAAAACAUUUCUGGAAAAUGUUGCGCCCACAUUAUAAUGACAGUGAGUUCUGCUUGUGUCGACACGAACCAAGAAAAAGAAAGUUGUUUUAGAAGCAGCAACAUAAGACCAUCCUUUUGAAUCUAUAAUAAUUUCAUGUAAAAUUCCAAUGGUUAAUAAGUUUUUGUCUUCGAUUGUUAAACUAGGAAAAGAUGCAACUAACAAAUGGAACCAAACUGACGCCGAUAUGGAAGCUUUUAAUUCUCAUAUGAAAAUCUGUAAAUUCUUUUCAUCUUCAAUGGGAUUGUGGCCUCAACAAUCUAAAUUGACACAAAAAUUAAUUUCCAUUUUUGUUUGGUUAACACUUACUAGUUUUUUUAUACCACUACUUCUGUCCAUAAAGAACAUUAAGGGUAAUUUAGACAUGCUAAUACCAUGGCUUGCAAACUUUUUUGGUCUUAUCGCUGGUGCAUGUUCUUACGCAAAUGCUUGCAACAACAGAAAGAAGAUAAAAUUAUUUAUCUCGAAAAUGAAAAAUGAUUGGCUAAAUUGUGAAUCAACUUCCGAAUACGAAAUAAUGCUGGAAAAUGCAUCUCUGAAUAACAAUUUAAUCAAGGUACAACUAGUUUUGUAUUGUGCAGCAAUGUUAAAGUACAUAUCAGAGCCAAUUAUUCCAUUAUUUUUGGACAUAAUAAUACCUUUAGAUGAAUCUCGUCCAAGGAAGUUAAUUGCUGAAGCAAAUUAUUUAGUAGAUGCGGAUGAUACUUUUAAUUUCAUAGUAAUAUCAAUAAACGAGAUUCACGUAACUGUUGCUGCAGUUGUAAUAACGAUGACUGUUGACACAAUCUUUAUAUUUUCUGCGUACCAUGCUUGCGGCCAAUUGCAAAUACUAGGGUACAAAUUUAAGAAUCUUGUAAAUGCAGAUUACAAUGUGGCUUUUUCUGAUAAAAGAGAUACGCAAAAAGAAAUUAAGUUCUGCAUUAAAAUGCAUAAAUCAACUAUAAUGUUUAUAAAUGACUUUAAUGACUGCUUUUCAAUUCCUCUUUUUUUAAACUUGGGAUUGACUAUGUUAAUGAUGAGUUUAGCAGGAGUUCAGUUUGUCACGAAAUUGGACAACCUCGGUGAAGCUUUCACAAUGAUGUCCUAUACUAUAGGUCAAAUAUGUCGACUAUUCUGUUUAACGUUACCAAGUCAACGUUUGAUAGAUCAGAGUAAUGAACUUUUCCAGAAUAUUUAUGACAGUUACUGGUAUACCCUACCUUCAGAUUCGAAAACUUUGGUAAAAACAGUAAUGCUGAGAUGUUUAAUACCUAACAGUUUUACUGCGGGAAAAUUGUACUGUUUUUCAAUGAGUAAUUUCGUUACUGUGAUAAAAACAGCUGUGUCAUAUAUAACAGUAUUGUUAUCGAUUCGUGAGUAAAGUCGUAGAGACCAAAUUGUCCACGUCAAUGAUCAACGAAAACGGAAAAAAUUAAGCAUUUCUUCUUCUUCUUCUUUCUUCUUUUUCUUUAUCGGCCUGUUGAUAUGCAUCAAAUGGCUAUGAAUUUAAAAAAUAAACCAAUAUAGUGUAGACUACUAAAAGGUAAAAUUGAAACUUUAAACACAAUGCGCACCAAACGCUGUUUGAUCUUCAAAACAACUAUUUUUGUAAACGUAAAAAAAUUAAACUACAUAUAAAAAAAUAAAUCUAUAAUUUCUAAAAAUAAGUAACUUUAAAAACAAACAAAAUUAUCCUAAAUAAUUGUAAAAUUGCACAUGUUCAGUCAACUUUUACGUCAAACAUUGAAUAACAUCGGACAGAUUUAAAGAACUUCAAGAUUCAUGAGCUUCGCAUUACUAAAGAUUCCGAUGAUUUACAAUCAAGUUAAAUAUUCAACUUUCAGGAUAUUUUCGGUGCUGUGUUGGUAGAAAAAAAAAUUUAUCCCUGUCGUACGUAAUAUUAAAAUUAUAAUUUAGAAAAUAUUUUUAAAAAAUGUAUUCAUAAAGCUUCUUUCUACUUCCACGAUGGUAAAAAGUACAUAUAAUAAUAUUACAAUCACUUCAGAGAAAUUGUUUCCCCUUGAAAAUACAAAAUAAUAACUAUCCUCUCCCUUGAGAGUCUAAAUCCAGACGGUGGCAACGUUCUUUGACAAACCCAAUUGAUUUUAUCCUAAAGGUUGUUAUUAAAUUCAAAGUCAUUUAAAAUUCACUUUCAUUUCAUAUUUUUCCCCUGAAGUCAAAAGAAUCAUGUGUGCCAAGUUCUUAGUGAAAUAUUUUUUAAUAUUUAAUUCUAAUAAAACGUUCUGUAUUGUUCUUUAAGAUAAUUAUCUUAAAGAAUAAUACAGAACGUUUUAUUAGCGGUAAAUAUUUAAAAAUAUUUCACUAAGAAUACUCUUUGUACGUGUAAAAUAAAGCGGCGUUUGAUUUCACCCUUAGAAUAAUUCUCUAUCUGACAGUUGAGCCGUGAGCGUGACU